AUGCCGUCGCAGUAUCGCAACUCGUACUAUGCGCCCGCGAGCUAUGACCAGGCCCCGAGGGAGCAGCGCACGCGCUCCAGCCAGGGCACCGUCAGCACCACUUCCUCGGGCCGCGAGUCGGCCGUGACGCAAGUGACGGAGCCGCCGUCAUACUCCAAGAAGAUUGUUGUCGUCGGCGACGGAGGCUGCGGCAAGACGUGCCUGCUCAUCAGCUACAGCCAAGGCUACUUUCCACAGAAAUACGUCCCGACCGUCUUUGAGAACUACAUCUCGUACGCAACGCAUCCUCCCGACGGCAAAUCCGUCGAGCUCGCUCUGUGGGACACUGCUGGCCAAGAAGAGUACGACCGCCUCCGGCCGCUGUCGUACCCGGAGACGGACCUCAUCUUCGUUUGCUUCGCCAUCGACUGCCCCAACUCGCUCGACAACGUGCUUGACAAGUGGUAUCCCGAAGUUUUGCAUUUCUGCCCGUAUACGCCCCUCGUCCUCGUCGGCCUCAAGUCGGACUUGCGCUACAAGAAGAGCUGCAUUGACAUGCUCAAGACGCAGGGUAUGACGCCCGUCACCACGGAGCAGGGCAUGGCGGUUGCCGAAAAGAUGAGCGCUACGUACAUGGAAUGUAGUAGCAAGGAGAUGCGUGGUGUUGAUGAGAUCUUCGACUACGCCAUCCUCACCGUUGUCGCCAACGACCGAAGAAACCAGGAGGCCGCCGCGCCCCCGACGUCGGCUUCUGGAGGCAAGCGGUCGCCGAUGCCCGGCUUCCGAAUCCCGAAGCGCAAGAAGAGAAGGUGCCAGUUUCUCUGA